AUGGGCCUUGUGAGCGCGAGACAAAAUAUUAGACAAAGAUUUGAUUCAAAUUACAGUUACGUUAAGAAUUUGAUCACGUCGAUAAAAAAUAGCAUACCCUUACUUAUUCUGGGUGCGAUAAGGUUGUCGAGCGUUAAAACUUUUGAUUACCAAGAGCACAUCACUGAGUAUGGAAAACAUUGGAAUUUCUUUUUCACGUUGAGUCUUCUUCCACUAAUCGCAAACGGCUUUGCACCAAUCAUUGAUUUACUUUCGCCAAUAGUGACAGGAUUUUUAAUAAUGUUAUUAUACGAGGUUGUUUUGACAAAAUUAGGGUUGCUGGAAUACAUUCUCAAUUCGCAACGAGAGGGCUUAAUCGGCAUGAACAAAGAGGGACUUUUUUCUUUAGCAGGAUAUCUUGCAAUAUACUUGAAUGGAAUAUCUCUUGGAUAUACCAUUUUGCCCCUUUUCCCUACCCGCGAAAAUUUGCUGAGAGUCAGUGGGUCCAAAGACGAAUGCCUGAAUAAUAGAAAGAUCCAUGCGUUCUCAGUAUCACCAACCAAAGGGUUGUUCAUUUUAGCAACUCUUUUUCAUGCCCUGUAUUACGUACUGGAUACAUGCUACCUUUAUGGAGUCUCUCGAAGAAUGGCAAACUCCUUAUAUGUCAUUUGGGUUUGUGCUUACAAUUAUACAUUCUUAUUUGGCUAUAAGCUUGUUGAGAACCUUGUAUGGGGAGAGCCCCGAUACGAACUGACACACAGCGAAACCAGAAUAACAGUCGUGAAUGAUUACCGUGAUAUGAACUGUGUCCCCGUGUGCCUACGUGCAGUGAAUUACAACGGUCUGACUAUAUUCAUACUGGCGAACGUGCUUACGGGCCUUGUAAACCUCACCUUCAACACCAUUGACACGAGCGAUACCAUUGCCCUAAUUAUAUUAAUUGCAUAUUGCGCCGUACUUUCCACAGUUGCGUUCUUUUUGUACACUAGAAAGAUACACAUUAGAUAG